AUGGCGGAAGAGAAGAGCUUCAAAUACGUAAUCGUUGGAGCUGGUGUCUCUGCCGGUUAUGCAGCUAGAGAGUUUGCCAUUCCGGACCUAAAGCAUGGUGAACUAGCAAUCAUUUCCAAUGAACCAGUGCCUCCUUACGAGCGUCCUGAGCUAACCAAGGGAUAUAUCGAAUUCAAGACCAAUACGAAUCUUGCAAAGGACUAUGUUUGUGGUGAAACUGGAGAACAGAGGCAGUGCCCUCAAUGGUACAAAGACAAAGGUAUCGAAAUGAUUUUAAGCACAGAGAUAGUCAAAGCAGAUCUUGCUGCGAAGAGUCUUGUCAGUAGCCAUGGGAAAAUCUUCAAAUACCAAAAUUUGAUAGUUGCAACUGGCUCUACCUGUUCAAGAUUUUCAGAAUUUGGCGUCCAAGACGCAAAUGCUAAGAAUAUAUUCUACCUAAGAGACACAAAGGAUCUUGAUCAGCUCGCAUUAACAAUGGAAACAAAGAAGAAGAGAACGGUCGUGGUGAUUGGCGGCGGAUACAUAGGGUUUGAAAUCAGUGCUUCACUAAGGGUCAACAACUACGAUGUCACCAUGAUUUUUCCAGAACCCUGGAUAAUGCAUCAGAUUUUCACCGCUGAGAUCGCUUCCUUCUACCAAGGUUAUUAUGAGGACAAGGGAAUCAAAAUCAUCAAGAGUACUAGAGCCACUGGAUUCAAUACCAACUCAAACGGAGAGGUCACGGAGGUGAAACUAGACGAUGGAAGAACCCUAGAAGCUGACAUCGUGAUCGUAGAUAUCGGUGGUACACCGAUGACAUCGAUCUUCAGAGGCCAAGUCGAAGAAGAUAAAGGUGGAAUAAAGACUGAUGGAUUCUUCAAAACGAGCAUCUCCGAUGUAUACGCCAUUGGAGAUGUCGCUACAUUCCCCAUGAAACGCUAUGGCGAUAUGAGACGCGUAGAACACGUUGAUCAUGCUCGCAAAUCCGCUGAACAUGCAGUCAAGGCAAUUAAGGCGGCUGAGGAAGGAAAGUUGAUCCAAGAGUAUGAUUAUUUCCCUUUCUUAUACUCUCGAGCCUUUGAUCUGUCGUGGCAAUUCUACGGAGACAAUGUGGGACAAUCCGUACUGUUCGGAGACAAUGAUCCGAAAUCUCCAAAGCCAAAGUUUGGGACGUAUUGGGUUAAAGACGGUAAAGUUGUGGGAGCGUUUCUAGAAGGGGGAGUUAUGGAAGAGAACAAGGCCAUUGCUAGAGUGGCAAGAACACAACCUUCUGUUGGUAGUCUUGAGGUGUUGUCCAAUGUUGGAGAGUUGCUUAUUGGAUCAAGGUUUAACAGAAAUAGGGUCUUAGUUCCUUGCCGUAUUUAA